ACCUGCUUCCGGCCGCGGCUCGUUUCUCGCGCCUCCGCCUCCGCCGCGGCUCGUGGUCGUCCCGCCAUGGCACUGUCGCGGGGACUGCCCCGGGAGCUGGCCGAGGCCGUGGCCGGGGGCCGGGUGCUGGUGGUGGGAGCGGGCGGCAUCGGCUGCGAGCUUCUCAAGAACCUCGUGCUCACCGGCUUCUCCCACAUCGACCUGAUUGAUCUGGAUACUAUUGACGUCAGCAACCUCAACAGGCAGUUUUUGUUUCAAAAGAAACAUGUUGGAAGAUCAAAGGCCCAGGUUGCCAAAGAAAGUGUACUGCAGUUUUACCCUAAAGCUAAUAUCAUAGCCUACCAUGACAGCAUCAUGAACCCUGACUAUAAUGUGGAAUUUUUUCGACAGUUUAUAUUGGUUAUGAAUGCUUUAGAUAACAGAGCUGCUCGCAACCAUGUUAAUAGGAUGUGUCUGGCAGCUGAUGUUCCUCUUAUUGAGAGUGGAACUGCUGGUUACCUUGGGCAGGUAACUACCAUCAAAAAGGGUGUAACUGAGUGUUAUGAGUGUCAUCCCAAACCUACCCAGAGAACUUUUCCUGGCUGUACAAUUCGUAACACACCUUCAGAACCUAUUCAUUGCAUCGUUUGGGCAAAGUAUUUGUUCAACCAGUUGUUUGGGGAAGAAGAUGCUGAUCAAGAAGUAUCACCUGACAGAGCUGACCCUGAAGCUUCCUGGGAACCAAUGGAAGCUGAAGCCAGAGCCAGAGCAUCUAACGAAGAUGGUGACAUUAAACGUAUUUCCACUAAAGAAUGGGCUAAAUCAACUGGAUAUGAUCCGGUUAAACUUUUUACGAAGCUUUUUAAAGAUGAUAUCCGGUAUCUGUUGACAAUGGACAAGCUGUGGCGGAAAAGGAAACCUCCAGUUCCAUUGGACUGGGCUGAAGUACAAAGUCAAGGAGAAGAAACCAAUGCAUCAGAUCAACAAAAUGAACCUCAGUUAGGUCUGAAAGACCAGCAGGUUUUAGAUGUAAAGAGCUAUGCGCGUCUUUUUUCAAAGAGCAUUGAGACUUUGAGAGUUAAUUUAGCAGAAAAGGGGGAUGGAGCUGAGCUCAUAUGGGACAAGGAUGACCCAUCUGCAAUGGAUUUUGUCACCUCUGCUGCAAACCUCAGGAUGCAUAUUUUCAGUAUGAAUAUGAAGAGCAGAUUUGAUAUAAAAUCAAUGGCAGGGAACAUUAUUCCUGCUAUCGCCACUACUAAUGCAGUGAUUGCUGGGUUAAUAGUAUUGGAAGGAUUGAAGAUUUUAUCAGGAAAAAUAGACCAGUGUAAAACAAUUUUUUUGAAUAAACAACCAAACCCGAGAAAGAAGCUUCUGGUGCCUUGUGCACUAGAUCCUCCUAACCCUAACUGUUACGUAUGUGCCAGCAAGCCAGAGGUGACUGUUCGGCUGAACGUACACAAAGUGACUGUUCUCACAUUACAGGAUAAGAUCGUGAAAGAAAAAUUUGCUAUGGUAGCACCAGAUGUCCAAAUUGAAGAUGGGAAAGGAACAAUCCUAAUAUCUUCAGAAGAGGGAGAAACAGAAACUAACAAUCAUAAAAAGCUGUCCGAAUUUGGAAUUAGAAAUGGGAGCCGGCUUCAAGCAGACGAUUUCCUUCAGGACUACACUUUAUUGAUCAACAUCCUUCAUAGUGAGGACCUAGGGAAGGAUGUUGAAUUUGAAGUUGUUGGUGAUGCCCCAGAAAAAGUGGGGCCCAAACAGGCUGAAGAUGCUGCCAAAAGCAUAACCAAUGGCAGUGACGACGGAGCUCAGCCUUCCACAUCCACUGCACAAGAGCAAGAUGAUGUGCUCAUAGUUGAUUCAGAUGAAGAAGGUCCUUCAAAUAAUGCUGACAUCGGCGAAGAAGAGAGAAGUCGCAAGAGGAAAUUAGAUGAGAAAGAGAGUAUCAGUGCAAAGAGGUCACGCACAGAACAGACGGAAGAACUUGAUGAUGUUAUAGCAUUAGAUUGAACAGAAAAGCCUCUAAACAGAACCUUCUUAUCUGCAGUAGGUCAUCUGGGCAGAGCCAGGUUAUUUGUUAUGUCCUUUGUUCCAAAGGGAAAAAAUUGACACCAGUGACUUGAAGAUGAUUCUGCUCCCUUUGAAAGCAUUCAUUUUGCUAGAACAAUUAGAAACAUUGCGGUAUGCUGUGUUGAAAGUAGGAUUAUAGUUUUAAAGCCCUUUGAACAAAGUGUGUGCAUAACCAGUCAUGAGAAAACAACACAAUGCAUGUUGCCUUUUUAAUGUAAAUACCCUUAGGUAUCAUUUAACAGUUUUAAAAUAUUGUGGUUUAGUAAAGUUGAUACCUGGUUAUAAAUAUUAUGCCUUUAUUUUUGGUUAGAAGAAGAAUUAUUUUUAGCCUAGAUCUAACCAUUUUCAUACUCUUAACUGACUGAAACAGAUUCAAAGAAGUAUCACGUGCUAUGCAUUGAAACUUGUUUUUAAAUGUUAACUGGCACUAUGUAUAUUAAUGUAAAACAAUGUUAAUUUACUCAAGUUUUCAGCUUGUACUGCCUGGUAUGUCUAUGUAAGAAGCCGAUUUUUGUGUAUUGUUACAGUUUCAGGUUAUUUAUAUUUGGUGUUUUGUAGAACUCAAAUACAACUACACUGUACUUAUGGACCAAAUAAAUGGCAUCUGCAUACUUGUUAUCCGUGCCUGCAGAGUUCACGUUUCUGCUGCCUUAUUGGGUUUAUAUACUACUGCAGGCAUGCAAAAUCCUUCCUUUCUAAAAACUCCUAGUGGGUGUGAAGGUUAAAGAUCUCCACAGUUUGCCAUAGAUGAGUACUUUCUAAACUAAAACUUUUAAUGGCAGUGUUGCUUUUUAAGUUUAGAUUGUAAACAGCUGCCCUUUUGAGAAUUCAUUUAAGUGAUCUUUGCCCAGCCCCAGUAACCUAGAACUUUGGCUUUGAGAUUCCAGAGCAGGGGAGAGUCGUCUUCAUUCUGCAGUCUUCCCUGGGUUGCCCCCCCAACCCUAGCCCCCACCCCCCUGAUUCAUCAGAAUCUCUUCUUGAGUGUACCAUUUAGGGCCUAACUCCAGCCUAUAAAUGUGGCCAGAGCAGCACUAGACGGAUCAGGACCUUAGAGGAUCUUGGCCCUUAGUGUACUGUCUUCACACAGAUGUGCCUUGAGUUCAGAUAACAGAAACCCCUGAAGCUGUUUUCCCCCAUUCUGUACCUUGGCCAUUGGUGGGUGACCGUAGUCCAUUCAUAUCUCAAGUUGAUAAUUCAUUGUUUUAUUCCCCUUUGUAUGAUUCUUAUUCUGCCAUCUAGCUUAUUAAUUCUUACCCCUUGUUUUGUAUCAUUUGUAAAUUCAGAAUGUAAUCAAAGCCUUCAGAAAAUCAUCUUGAAUGAGACUCAGCCCUCAGGAGCGUGCCACUUGAUGCCUGCAAGAUGGACUGACCUCCAGCCUUCAGUACAGCAGUGAGCAAGCUGCAUCCCCACCUACAACUAUAUGAGUCUGUGAGGUUCACUCUGUCUUUAGAUUUUUAGAAGAUGUUCCAUUUUCUUCCACAAAAAAGACAAUCUCAAAAUAUAACAAUACAGAUAAUAAUGAAAUAUUCUAGAAUACCACCUCUUAGAAAUGUUUCAGUUAACUGAUUGGUCACUGGUGAUCAUGGUCAGUUUUGAAAUUCCAUUCCUAAACUCACCCUGCCCCUUUAGACUGAGCUGCUCAUGUGUUUUCAGCAUUUUCUAUAUGUUUAGUCUUUUCCAUUUUAAUGUACAUGGCAAUGUACCAGUAGAGAUCUGUAGAGAUCGGCUUCUGUCUGGGGAGACCAGUGGAUUUUAUCUCUACAACAACUCCUUUACUACCUUUUCCAGCAUAUUCUGUCCCCUUUCUACCUGUUUCUAUAAAAUCUGGGUCAAUAAGGCAGGUCCAAUACAGGGGUCUUGCCCAAGUAGACUAAGCAGAUCCAAGCUGCCUCCACGUACCUGGAGCAUGGAUCCACUUUAGAUUUGGCCUUGUAUUCAUGAUAUUCCCAGGAGUUUGUCUUCUCAUCUGGGGGGCCAGACAGAGAGCUUGUCAAGGGUCUUUCCCCAGCAGCUCUAUCCUGAAAUACAGUUUGACAAACCAUCUUCCAGCCUUUAUGGGAACAGUCUGGUGACUCACGUUUAUCUAUGUAGUGUAUUGUCUCAAAGAUCAGUCUGCAUACUUGGCAUGUAUGAGAAGAUUCCGCGUUUUAAUAUAGAGCCUGACCCCUUCAUGAAAUAACCAAUCAGGUGGAUGUCAGUGGGUGCCAGAACCUUCAGUAAAAGGCUGUUGAAGAGCAGAAUCUUUACACGGUGCUCAAAUGUUGCUACACAGAUAAAACUUGCAAAAGGAAAAAGUCAGCCUUUGGUAGUGGACUGAUCUGUCACUGUUGUAAUCCUGUAUUCAAACGUGUCACCAAUAAAGGGACAGCUUGAUGUGUGCUUCCUAGUGAGAGGAUGGGAGGAGUACAACAGCGCCUGGGCAAAGUAACAUGUUAGCCUGAACCUAUUCCACCAUCGAGACCUAACUUCCCACUGACAGGAAAUAGAGGGGCUAGAGGAACAAACUAAACAACAUUAGGGGACAGCUACAGAAUGUGGAUGUUCCAGAACUCAAGUGCAAAAUAAAUGACUUUAACAAGUCUUGUGACAAUUGGAAAUUUGGAAAUGGAAUAAAGUGAUAUUGGAAUUAUUUUCUUAGGUAUGAUGGAUAAUGUACCUACGGAGGCUACUGUCCUUAUUUUUGGAAUAUUAGGAAUGAAAUGAAACUUCAUAACAACUUUUAAAUGGUCCAGCAAAAUAUAUAAUGGAGAAAGAAAAGGGUAGAAUUAACAUUUAUUGAAUCUAGGUGGAGCCUGUAUACAUUGUUCAUUGUACUUUCCCAGCUUUUCUCUGAAAAUUUUCGUGAUAAAAGUGGAGAUAUAUAUAUAUAUAUAUAUAUACACGCACAUAGUCUGUAUUUUCUUUUGUGCCUAUGUGACUUUCAAGUUUUGUAAUGAAUAUAUUCUAUGAUUUAAAUCAGAAAGGCAAUAAAGAUUAUUAAAAAUCU